AUGGAUUCCAAAGUGAAGACAAUGAUAAAGCUUAUAGAAGCAGAUGCAGAUUCGUUUGCAAAGAGGGCAGAAAUGUACUACAAGAAACGUCCUGAGCUCAUGAAGUUGGUGGAAGAGUUAUACAGAGCUUACCGUGCUUUAGCUGAGAGGUAUGAUCACACAACAGUGGAGCUUCGUCGAGCGCAUAAAACCAUGGUUGAGGCGUUUCCUAACCAGAUUCCUUUCGACAUGAUUGAGGAUUCUACGUCAUCUUCUUCUGAGCCGCACACGGAAGAUCUGCAAAAUGAUGGUGCUACAAGUAAAAGGAGUUUAAGUCAGUCGAACGGAUUAUGUGGAACGUCUGACGCUCAUGAAGGAGAUAGUGAAGUUGAAGGCUUAAAGAGAACAUUGCUUGAGCUUCAGACUGAAAAGGAGGCGUUGAAUCUCCAAUAUCAGCUAUGCUUGAACAAGCUAUCCAUAUUCGAAAAGGAACUCAACGAUGCUCAAAAGGAUGUUAGAGGAUCUGAUGAACGUGCUUGCAAAGCUGAGAUUGAGAUUAAAAUACUCAAGGAAUCACUUGCAAAACUAGAGGUCGAGAGGGAUACUGCGCUUCUUCAGUAUACUCAAUCCGUGGAGAGAAUAGCGGAUUUGGAAGCAUCGGUUUCUCAUUCGCAGGAACAUGCGAAGGGGCUCACUAACCAAGCAUCUAAAGCAGAAAGAGAAGCCAUGAGUCUCAAGCAAGAGCUUUCUAGAUUGCAAUCUGAGAAGGAAGCUGGCUUGGCCCGAUACAAUAGAUGCCUUGAGUUGAUAUCUGCUUUAGAAAAGAAAAUUAGAGAUGCUGAGGAGAGUGUUAAAGUGUUCAGGGACCAAUCUGAACAAGCGGAAAAUGAGAUCAAAGCUUUAAAACAAGAACUUCUGAAGCUGAAAGAAGUGAACGAAGACUUGAAUGUUCGAUAUCAGCAGUGUUUGGAGACAAUAUCAAAUCUAGAAAGAGAAGUUUCUCAUGCUCAAGACAACGCCAAAAGACUGAGCAGUGAAGUUCUUGCUGGAGCUGCAAAGGUAAAGACUGUGGAGGAACAAUGCGCUCUUUUGGAGAGCUUCAAUCAAACUCUGAAGGUAGAAGCAGACAAUCUAGCGAAGAAAAUGUCGACCAAAGAUCAAGAACUUGUCCAGAAGCAAAAUGAGCUUGAAAAGCUUCAAGCUCUAAUAGAAGAAGGACACUUGCGGUUUUCAGAACUUGGAGCUAGCCUUAGAAAUUUGGAGAGUUUGCAUUCUCAAUCCCAAGAGGAACAGAAAGUUCUCACCUUGGAACGUGAAAGCAAGAUUCAAAUGUUGAGAGAACUAGAGAUGCGCAAUCAUAAGUUGGAAGGUGACAUCAGCUCAAUCGAAGAAGAAAACCGAAACUUAAGCAAAUCAAAUGACUCUUCUACAAUCUCCUUGCAGAUUCAGCAAAAUGAAAUCUCUUGCUUGAAAGAGAUGAAAGAAAAACUCGAGGAAGAAGUUGCAAAACAGAUGAACCAGAGCAGUGCCCUUCAAGUAGAGAUCCAUUGUGUGAAGGGUAAUAUUGAAGACUUGAAUAGGAGAUACCAAAAAUUAAUUGACCAAGUGAGACUCACAGGUUUGGAUCCCGAAUCUCUUUCCCACUCGGUAAAGAGACUACAAGACGAGAACUCGAAGCUGCUCAAGUUAUGUACCACUCAGAGAAAUGAUAAAGAUGCUGUUACAGGAAAGCUGUGUGAAAUGGACAGCAUUCUAAGGAGGAACGCUGAGUUGGAGAAAUUACUUUUGGAGUCAAACACAAAACUAGAUGGUUCCAGGGAGAAGACAGUGGAUCUUCAAGAAAGAUGUGAAUCUUUACGAGGAGAGAAAUCUGAGCUUGCUGCCGAGAGAGCUAACUUGUUUUCCCAGUUGCAAACCAUGACUGCGAAUAUGCAGACGCUCUUGGAAAAGAACUCUUCAUUGGAGAGAUCCCUUUCCUGUGCAAACAUCGAGCUUGCGAGUCUAAGAGAUAAGUCAAAACGCUUUGAAGAUUUCUUCGAGUUGCUCAAAAAAGAUAAGACUGAACUUAUAAAGGAAAGAGAAGUUCUUGUCUCUCAAUUAUAUAAGGUUGAGGAGAGGCUAGGAGUCUUGGAGAAGAAGUUUACAGAACUGGAAGUAAAAUUUGCCGAUUUACAGAGCGACCGUAGGCUCAAAAACCUUCUAGUAGAAGAGUUACAGGUCUCACUUGCCACUGAGAAGCAGGAGUCUGCUGAUUACAAACGAUCGACUGACAGCAGAUUAGCAGAUCUUCAGAAGAAUGUGAGCUUUCUUCGGGAAGAGUGUCGCUCGAGGAAAAGAGAGUUCGAGGAAGAGCUUGACAGAGUUGUAAACAAACAAGUGGAGAUCUUCAUCUUGCAAAAGAUUAUAGAAGAUUUGGAGCAGAAGAAUUUCUCUCUCCUGAUUGAGUGUCAAAAGUAUGUAGAAGCAUCGGAAUUUUCGGAGAAACUCAUUUCCGAGCUAGAAAGUGAGAAUCUUGAGCAGCAGAUGGAAGCAGAAAUCUUUUUGGACGAGAUUGAUAGCUUGAGAGGUGUAAUCUCUCAAGUGGUAAAGGCACUUCAAGUCGAAGCAGAGUGUAAGAAUUCAGAAAAGAAGAUUACGAAAGAACAGAUUUCAGCUUCACGUGUAUUGGGAGAGAUUAAUGGCCUAAAAUGUUCACUUUCGAACGCUGAAUAUGAGAUGCAGCGACUUGUAGUUGAGAACUCGGUGCUCUUAUCUCUAUUUGGACAAUUCCAAUCAGAUGGUUUGGUGCUGGAAUCGGAGAAGAACAUCCUCGAAAAAGAUCUGAAGACUGUAAUACAGAAGUAUGGAAUGCUUGAAAAGGACAAGCAAGAGCUAUUGGAGGCGAACCGGUUGUUGAAAUCGAAACUGAUCGAAAGAGAGCAGAAGGAGCAAGAGCUAAGAGCUGAACUGAAAAUGGAGCAUUUAAAGUUUGAAAGUUUGCAUAAGUCAUACAUGGUUUUGCAACAAGAUUAUUCCUAUACACUCAACGAUAACAAAGCUUUGCGUCUGAAAUUCUCGGAACUUAAAGAUGGAAUGUGUAUAGUUGAGGAAGAAAAUGGUGCAAUUCUUCAGGAAGCUGUUGCUUUGAGUAACAUGUGUGUGGUUUACAAGUCCUUUGGGUCUGAAAUGGCUGAGGAGCUCGAAGCUUUUGUUGAAACUCUGAGCAGUUUACGAGAAAUUAAUACGGGCCUGAAGCACAAGGUUGAGACACUGGAGGAGAAGUUAAAAGUUAAAGAGGUAGAGAAUCAAGGUCUUAACAAGAUGCUUGAGAAGUUACAGGAAGGCAUUGAAGAAGAAGACUUCUUAAAUGGACUCUUCGAACAUCAGAUUUUUAAUGUCGAUGGAAUCUUGGAGCAGAAGGCAAUAGAGAUCAUAGAAGCAAAACAGAUGCUCAAGGCUACAGACAAUGCAAAUGAAGAACUUCACAAAGAAGUUGAGGAGCUGAAGAACAACUGUGAAGAAUCAAGACGAAUGAGGGGAAAUUUAGAGAGGCGGAUUUCCGAACUGUCGGAUCUUGCUGGAAGACAGGAGGAAGAGAUUAGAAAACUUAACAAUUUGAAUGAUAAUUUGGAGUCAGAGGUAGAGUUGUUACACGAAGAAAUCCAACGACAACAAGUUCGAGAGGAGUACCUGAGUUUAGAGCUGCAAGAGAAAAGCAAUGAGGUUGGACUUUGGGAUGCUGAAGCAACAUCUUUCUACUUUGAGCUUCAGAUAUCAGCUGUCCGUGAACUCUUGCUUGAGAACAAAGUUAGCGAACUCACUGGAGUUUGCGAAAAUCUCAAAGACGAAGCUGAUACAAAGACAAUGAAGAUUGAACAGAUGAAAGAAACAGUUGGCUUUUUGGAAUCUCAAGUCACUGAGCUAAAGACUCAAUUGUCAGCUUAUGAUCCUGUGAUAGCAUCUUUGGCAGAAGGUGUAAAAUCCCUUGAGAAAAGUACUCAGGCUUUAACGAACCUUCCUGCACCAGCCUAUCAACAAAGAGAGGGCGUACAUCUUGAAGAAGCUGUAAGUGGAGAGCCUGAAGAAAGUGGCAGUAUUACCACCCCAGGCAAUGGAAUUGUGAUUCUGAAGGAAAUGAAACCGAGUGUUAAGAUCAUCGAACAAGCAGUUGUUGAAGAGAAAGACAGGCUUGCAAGGCAAAGAACAAAAAGCUCCUCCCACCGAAGCAGAGACCGCAAGAAGGUUGAAGAGAUACAACUUGAGGACAAGGUCUCUGGUGAAUCUAGACAACCAAGAUCGAGACAUAUUCCUCUUAAUCAAGACGCAGACUCUUUGUUCUCCGGCAGAAGCCAGGGAAGUAGUCAUGGUUCCAAUGACAAGAUAGUUGAGUCAUGGGAAGAAUCUAUUGAAUCAGAUGCCAGUAUAAAGUUUCUUAUCAAAAGUAACGAACAUAAGAGGCCAUUGAACUCCGGUCUCCAUCGCCUAAGUCGGAAUCCCUCUGUAGAAUCUGAUAAAGUGGUUGGAGUUGUGGACAAGCUAGAGUUAUCUAGAAGCACUGACGACAAGGCAAAGAUUCUGGAGAGGCUUUUGUCUGAUUCAAGGAGACUUGCAAGUCUCCGGAUUAGCCUAACAGAUAUGAAAAUCAAGCUGGAGACAAAUGAGAAACAAGGCAGAUUCAGAAACCCCGAUUUGAUUAUAGUGAAGAGACAGUUGAAAGAAAUGGAAGAAGCUGUAUUGCAGCUGACAAACACAAAUGAGAUUCUUUCAAAAGAAAUUGAAGAGACGGGAGGUGCCAGAGAUAUAUACAUAAAGGUGGUUACGGAGAAGUCAAGAAAUGGUUCUGAGAAGAUAGAGCAGCUGCAGAAUAAAAUGCAGAACAUUGAGCAAACAGUACUGAAGCUUGAAGAUGGAGCCAAAGGCAAAGGAAGCAAAAAGUUCUCAGAGAGUAGGACAGUGAUUCUCUUGAGAAACAUUAUUCACAAGGGCGGAAAAAGGACAGGGAGAAAGAAGAAAAACCGUUUCUGCGGGUGUAUAAGGUCAUCGGCUAAAGAAGAGUAG